AUGACACAAUUUAGAGACAACCUCUUUAGACCAGCAGCUCUUUCUGGUAAUGAAGUGUCAUCAUAUUAGGACACUUAUUACAGCUUUCUUUCAACAAUGGGUUUCUUCUUGCUACUCUUCCAAAAAGGCCAGAUUCAUUAAGUGUGAAACUAAUGGUUGUCAUCUUGAGUGAUCCUCCCACCAAAGCCAUAGAUGGCAGAAUUGCCAUGGGUCUCCAACAAUUAAUCUUGUGAUUGUGCAAUAGCCUUUCUGAACAGAACUUUCAAAACAAUCAAAGUUUGGUAUAUUAUUUUAUAACCUAACCCUGCUAUAAAUCUCUGCGAAUACAUUUUACCCCUUACCUGUCUGCUAUUUUCCUUGGUCUUCAUGUUUAUUGACAUUAUUGUUACUGCUCAAAUUACGAUAUCAUCACCUGAUGCUACAUCUAGUUGUCCUUUGAACCCUGAUUGGAAGAAAACCUUUGUUUUGAUGCUGCCUCUUGCAGUAACUGGAGUUGCUAAUUAGUCUUUGAGAAAACAGAGGCCAAGCCCCUGCCAUCAAUAAAUGCUGCCCAGAACUACAUACAAAGACCACAAACCACUAAUGUGUGACACCUCCUGCAUAAUAAGUCAAUGCCCUCUACAAAUAGAUCAAGCAUUUACUCAACCAUAGCCUGACAACAGGAACAACUCCAGAUCUUCAUCUUUGUUUCUCUAUUCCACUAUGGCCCCUGUCCAUGGUAGCAACACCUCUCUUGUAUUUUACUUUUCAAACACCAACUGCUCCUCCUCUGGAACGUCUGUGUUGUCCUGCAUCCAUCCAUCGUACAUCGCUGCAGGUGUGAUUACUGUAGUCAGUUGUCUUUUGGGUAUCCCAACUAACAUCCUCAUGAUUGUGAAACUCAGCAGUCAUCUACGAGGCUCCUCCAUGUCAAAGCGACUUUUCUUCAACUUGGCUCUGUCGGACCUCCUCUCCUUGUUCUGUUUGCUGGCUGCUGGAGUUAUUUUUGCCACAAGACCCCGUUUGACACAUGAAUUGUGUCAACUUUUGUUUUACAUCUUCUUUUUUUGCAUAACCUCCAGUUCAAACAUCCUGAUGCUGAUAAGCAUUCAACGAUACUACCAGAUUCUUCAUCAUACUAAGUGGGACAAAGUGACCCGAACAUGGCAGAGGGUUUUACUGUUCACUGUGUGGAUGCUUGGGGGCCUGCUGCCUCUUCCACUUGUGCUUUCUCUAACAGAUGGGAAAAAGGGAGAUGAGCCAUCCAACAGGCUUUCCUGUAGGAAUAAACUGAUUACACCACAAGCAGAGGUGGUCUACAUGGUUAUAAUAAUCUCUUGUCAACUUGUGGUGUUAUUUUUUUAUGUACAGCUUGUCAGAGGUGUCAAGAAAGUUCAAAAGUCUAACAAGCAAAAGCAAAAGAUCAAUAAACUCUUCAGUCGGAUCCUUGCUGUCUCUCUAAUUGACUUUUUACCUCUGCUUGCUCGCAUUGUUGCUAUUGCUGCCCAUUCUACAAGUUCAAAAAUGUUGUCUGAUGUUAGCAAGAAUCUGACGUUUAUUGAAUGCUUUUACUUUUUAAAUCACUGCCUGAAUCCACUGCUGUAUUUCUUUGCCUCUCGGCAUCAACUAAGAGACAGAGGGAAAAAGAGAAAGAUCUUCCUCAUGGCUCUUAAUGAAAAUUCUUAACAAUGUCCUUGCACAUCU